ACAAAAGGUUACUUUCAAAAAAAAAAAGGUCACAUCCGUGGUUUUUACUUUAAGCUCCCCGGGCCGUAGCUCUUCGCGCUCUCUCUUUCUCUCUCAGCUCAGGUUGUGCGUUUGAUCGGUGGAUCAAUGGCGUCAAGUCUGUUCAAAUUGCUUCUUGAAUCUUCUUCUAAUAUCCCAUCUUCUACUAGAAAUCUGAGUCUUGUUGCCAAUCAAAUCGGCCAGCACACCGCCAAAUGGAUGCAGGAUACAAGUAAGAAAUCACCCAUGGAGUUGAUCAAUGAGGUUCCACCAAUCAAGGUUGAAGGCCGCAUCGUUGCUUGUGAAGGAGACAGCAAUCCUGCCCUUGGACAUCCAAUUGAGUUCAUAUGCCUCGAUCGGGAAGAGCCCGCUGUGUGCAAGUACUGUGGCCUGCGCUAUACUCAGGACCAUCACCACUAGAAAAUGUGCAAAUGAUUAUUCCAGCAAGCAACCCGGAACUUAAAGUCUAUUGUACCUUUCUAAACUCGACUUCUGUAAUGGUUUAUACUAUUGGCUGCAUAAAUUAGGAAUUUAAGAAUUCCAUUCACUAAGCACUUUGGACGGGUCCAUUGUCUUUUGCCAAAUUUGUUCUAUUGCUCUGUCUAGUGAACAUAUCUUGUUGAUUCUAAUACACAAUAAAAGGUUUUUGAUCUCUUGGGAGUUGCAACCUUGAAA